UUCGAUCCUAACGGGUUAUUUUAGCUCCGCUAUUUUUCCUGCUUGCUUUACAUUUUCUCCCGAUGUAGGCUAACAUACAUUUUGUUUCAAGGCUGCUGUAUAUGCGUCCUACCAGCUGACUGUGAAUACUAAUCGCAUUAUUUGUUCCUAUUUUCGCUCCUGCACGCUGUUUCUUUCGCUGCCUUUUACUGCAUUUAGAUGUACUUUGCAUCCCUUGUCUCCUCCAGUAACCCAUGUCUGUGCGCGUCCUGGCUCCCUGCGCUCUCAAUAGAUGGUGCAAGUCAAAAUGUCCAAAUCGCCCAUAGACCCUCUGUCUGCUGUGGAAACCGGCUCUCAGUCGCACUAUUUUCAGCUGCCCAGGAAGCUGCCUAAGCGGAAGAGUCGCUUCAAACGCUCAGAUGGCAGCACAUCUUCUGACACAACGUCCAGCAUCAUCAAGCGGCAGGGGUCAGCUGAUUCAUACACCAGUAGACCAUCGGAUUCAGACCUGUCAGCAGAGGAGGACCGCGAGGCGUAUCGGCGUGAAGCCGAGCGCCAGGCCCAGCUACAGCUCGACAGAGCCAAGUCCAAACCUGUAGCAUUUGCAGUAAAGACGAAUGUGAGUUACUGUGGGGCUCUGGAUGAGGACUGUCCUGUCCAAGGAGCUGCAGUCAAUUUUGAUGCCAAAGACUUCCUGCAUAUCAAAGAAAAGUACAAUAAUGACUGGUGGAUUGGUCGGCUAGUAAAAGAGGGAGCGGACAUCACCUUCAUCCCCAGCCCUCUACGACUGGAGGCAAUGAGACUCAAACAGGAGCAGAAACAGAGAAAAUCAGGGGGUAACUCCUCCAGUUUAGGCGACAUGGUGACUGGAAGCUGGAGGACCACACCACCAUCUGCAGGUGAAUCCAAACUGAAGCAAAAGCAGGAACAUGUUCCUCCCUACGAUGUGGUGCCCUCUAUGAGGCCGGUGGUCCUUGUGGGACCGUCGCUGAAGGGCUACGAGGUGACAGAUAUGAUGCAGAAAGCUCUUUUUGACUUCCUGAAACACAGAUUUGAGGGAAGAAUCUCAAUCACCCGUGUAACAGCUGACCUGUCUUUAGCCAAGAGAUCCGUCCUCAACAAAAGACCCAUAAUGGAGAGAUCUAACACUCGCUCCAGCCUAGCUGAGGUUCAGAGUGAGAUUGAGAGGAUAUUUGAGCUCGCCAAAACCCUGCAGCUCGUGGUUCUGGAUGCGGACACCAUCAACCAUCCCGCGCAGCUGGCUAAAACCUCCCUCGCACCCAUCAUCAUCUACGUCAAAGUUUCCUCACCAAAGGUGCUGCAGAGGCUGGUCAAAUCCAGAGGGAAGUCUCAGAGCAAGCAUCUGAACGUGCAGAUGAUGGCUGCAGACAAACUCUCUCAGUGUCCCCCUGAUAUGUUUGAUGUCAUUUUGGAUGAAAACCAGCUGGAAGAUGCUUGUGAGCACUUGGCUGAAUACCUAGAGGUCUACUGGCGUGCCACUCACCUCCCAGGAAACACCCCUCUCAAUCCCUUACUGGAGCAGCGUCUGAUGAGCCCGCCUUCUGCCAUCUCAAGCCUGCAGAACAAGAACCAGCCGCAGCCUUGUGAGGCAGUGGGCUUGGAGGGUGAUGAGGAGGAGGAGGAGGAGGAGGCAGGCGAGGAGGCCUGCUCCCCCUUGGAGCAAGACAGUCUUAUGCCAUCUGACGAGGCCAGUGACUCCCUGUCUCGCUGUCAGAGGGGGAGCCCAUGCCACAGGGGGGAUGAAGUGUAUGGAGAGGAGGAGGAAGAAGAGGAAGAGGAUGGCUAUGCCUCUCCCUGCCAUGCUCGCACAUACAGGGACAUGUACCCCCCUCACCAUGGACACACAGGCAGUGCCCACAGUGAAAAUGGGCAUGAGUCACAGGACAGGCUGCUCCGAUGUGAGGCUCAGCAAGGUAACAACCAGAGGAACAACCACCAGUGCAGCCGCCUUUGGCCCCGAGACACCUACUAAGGAACGGCCCCCCCAGGCUUCCAGAUCAGCACCAAGAUCACCCUCAAGCUCUUCAAUUGUCAAACAUUCCUAAACACAAAAUUCAGAGAUGAAAAAUCAUUUCAAACUUUAAUCACAGGCCCUGCUUAUUAAGUGGAUACCUGGGUGUUCAGUAUUUACAGUCUCUCCUCCAAACUCCCACAUUUACUUUAUCCAAACCAGAGGGGUGCACUGACCUCUCCAGGGUCAAGUCAUUCAGAUAAAAGUCAACAGGGCUACUCACAUCUGCAGUGGUAAGGUUUCAGGCUACCAGCUGUAUGCAAGCUCAAACUUUAGUGGCUAUGCCUAAGGUUUCUGUUGUAGGAUGUCUCAUAUACUGGCCUUAAAAUUCCUAAGACUGUGACUGUCUUUACUAUUGCAUGUAUAAUUAUUUUAAGACAUUUGCACAUUAACAUUGGAACAGGAGCUGAAUGAUCUUCACAGAUAAACUAAUGUAGGAAUGUCUACAGUUGAAUCCAUUUAUGAGGAAUAGUAAUGCAUUUGAUUACAAUGUAUAUACUGAAUUGGGCAUCUGGUUUCGUUUCAUUAAUGCUUUAUUUGAUUUUGGUAAUACGGACUUGUUUGUUGUUUCAGACAAAUGUUGCCAUCCAUCAGCUCUUAUUCUGAAGAUGGUGAAUGACAUUUGUUGCUACACAGUCACAAUGUAAGUAAGUGGUGUGAAGCUGCAGUACAGCGUCAGUGUCUCUAACGGUACGAUAUGUUCUGGGCAUCACUUGUCUGCUGUUACACAUUCACUCCCUGAGCAACUCUUAAAAUCUUCACAUGGGCACAGAGAAUGUUAACACAUCCACAAAAGGGAAUGUUAUGCUUUAAGUGAAAUUUUUUUUUUUUGCCAAACUGCUUAUUUACAUCAAAUCACUCACAUUUAACAAGCACAUGCUGCACAGGCUGCAGCUCAUCUUCAAAUCCAGGCUACAGAGAAUGUAAGCUCGCAUGCCUUUUGCACCUUCAGCACCACCUGGGGUCCCCAACCCAACCGAUCGCCCUGCAAUUCAAUUGUAGCACGUUACUGAUUGUAGCAUCCAGUUUCUACACUAAAUCUUAUUCCCUUGUAUGUCCUUGCCAAACACUGCGUUACGCUUCAUGUACUGCAGUUUUACAGUUGGUUUUAAGGCAGAUCCUCAGGUGUAAAGUCCUACACACUCAUCGUGCUCAACACAACGUAACGAAUGUGUCGUGUUCCUUAAGGACUCGUAGCACCCGUGACACCAUGUCAUUCUGUUCCUGCACCAUUUAUAGUCCAUGAGCCGAUGACGGGUUGGACGCGGUGUCGACGAGCAUCGACCUGCGUCUGUUUACAUACAGGGUCGAUUAUGUCACAGCCGGUUUACUGCUUCCACGUGUCACCGGUAUCUCUAUCUAGUGUUCUGUAUAUUUUAAAGAGAUUAAAAAAAAUCAGCAUGAUUGAAAAAAAAAUCUAUGCAAGUGUUGCAUGAAACCUGAUUGUUUCUUUUUACAGUUAAGUAUUUUAGUAAUGCGCCGAUUCUGAUUCUCCUCGUUGUCUUGCAGUAAUAGUCUUGUCUGGGGCUACUCACUCCUCACACCACUGACAACAUUAUUACUAAAAUCAGAAAGCAUUCGUUAAUUUUCUACAAAUACUGGGGACAUUUUUCCACACUGCUUGAAGCACUUUGAAAAGUCACUCACUAAAAUUGUUCCAGAUCAGGCCUACGUUAUUAUUUUUAUUUUGUGAUGGAAUGAGUGAAUAUUUAAACCCUGCAUGUCUUAGGUCACCAGAAAGCUGCUGUCAUUAUAUUUUGGCUGAGUAUGUUUUUCAAAGCGGACCAAUUUAGCAACUGGUGAAGCAGUUGAGGUUUUUCAAUUUAUGAAGCACAAUUUUUACAAGGGUUAUAAUUUAGUUUCACUCGUCUUAUUCUUUAUGCAAUACAAAGCCUAACAUCGAAAAACUUUAAACGCCUUAGACCAUCUGGACUUCCUCUUUUGUGUGAGUAGAAAAAAAGAUUGCACUACUUUUUUUUGGGGGUGGGGGGGGGUUGCUUUGUAAUGCAAUAACUGCACUAAAUAUAACCAUGUAUCCACCAGACUACAGGAGCGUGCUAGCGUGACCCAACACGCCUCUUCCCUCUAUUUAUCAAAAGAAAUGUGUAAAAAGUGAGACAUUUCCUGCCUGAUGCUGUAUAGAAUGCUUUCUAUUUGAAAAUAGAUAAGUGAAAUAUGACUUUAAAUAAACAUGACAUUUUAUGUACUUUUACAUGCUGUGUUGAUUUUGUGUGUGACCCUUUAACAGACAUUCACCGUCUCCAGAGGCUCAGUCCUAAUUGCAUUAGUGAUCCCUUGACUUCUGCUCUAGUGCCUUGUGCAGGGCCGAAUUAACGGGAAAGUGCCCAGGGGGCCCAGUCUCCCAGUGGGCUGAUUUUAUCAUGUGGGUAUACAUAUGGUAAUUGGAUUAAAUUCAUUUCAAGUAAUUAGAACACAGAAAUUAUAUUUGUCUGAUUAAGUCAAAAAAAAAAAAAGAUGCUGAGUUUGCAAAGAAUGGUUUGAACAGUUAAUCUGAACUGUUACCAAUUAAUUUUGUCAGUUCAUUUCUAUCCAUGUCUGGAUGAAUUGUAACAUUGGUAAUCCCUUCACCUUUCAUGUAGCGCCACCAUCAGGCGAACAUUUCAGUGUCAGUACUUUAGUUUAUGACUAAAUGCCUGAAAACUUAUGGCAUUUCUAUUAGUCUGCUGUACUUUGUGUUGUGUGCUAAUCAGCAAAUGUUAACUUAGCACGCUGACAUGCAAAUCCAAGAUGAUGAACAUGGGAAACAUUAAAUCAGCAAAAUAUCUGUAUGCUAAUAUUAGUGUUGUAAUCAGGCGCAAAUUAAACUCAUAGAGCCGCAAGCUUGACUGUAGACUGAUGUGAAGUAGUGCAACUUCCUGUUCGAUAAGUAAGAAUUGAAAGGACACAAACAGAGGAACCUCGCAUUUGAAAUCACCAACAGUGUUUGUCUUUAGCAGAACAUUGGGUGUUUUAGUAUGGCCUCAUCACUCCCUGUAAAAACCUGACUGAGAAAACACCAAGAUAUGUGCUUACCAGCUGUUGCCUAGAAUAAUAAGCUAAUCGGCAAGUUCUCCCAAUGGUUUCUUUUCUAUUCACUCUACAUUACUUGUGCUGCUCUGUGUGUGUCUGCUUAAAGUUUCUGUUUUCUGCAUCCAACAUAGUACGCCACUCAUUUCAACAAAAAAACCUACUAGCUACAGAUAAGUCCUUCAAAUACAUCAUUUAGAAAAUAAGUCAGAUGUCAUUCAAAUGUUCUGUAUUCAUCUCAUAAAAAUGCCUACAGUACUUUUAAAACAAUGAGCUGUAAUUUAGAAGCUAUUGCAUCAGAAGUGUAAAUAAGAGCCAUCACUUCUGGCAUGGGUCUCUGAAACAGUCAGGAAACAAACUAUAGUGACUGAAAACCAAUUAAAACAUACCACAUAAUACUCACCUACACCUGCAUCCUGGUGGUUAUUCAUCACAUUUAAUAACUGAAGAAUCGUAUUUGUACAAUGCAGCAUCCUGCUCGCCGAUUAUGGCUCUUGUUUAUAAAAGCAAAUCAACUAUGAGCUUCAGCGUGGAUCACAACUGCCCACAAUUGAGUCUUACAACCUGUGAUGAUUUCUGCACCAGUUAAUGUGUCCGUUUCUACCUGCAGACUGGACUAACAGACAAAAACUGACUGCCAGAAUGAGUUAUAAGGUGAGAAACAACAGAAGAAGUGGGUGACAUUAACACACCAUAACUAUACAAUGUGUCCAUUUAAACCAUGAUAAAACAGUCUGAGACA